CUCCGAUUGGCCGGUGCAGCCAAUCGGGGAUGAGCUUUUAUUAGGCGGCCAGAUCAUCAGCCGAAGUGCCAAACCCUUUUUCUGUGAGAACUAGGAGCCUGUCCUCCAUGUUUUAUAAGUAUUGACAUUACACAGUGUUAACAAUGCAUCCACAGAGCUUGGCUGAAGAGGAAAUAAAAACAGAACAGGAGGUGAUAGAGGGCAUGGAUAUUUCUACUCGCUCCAAAGAUGAGGAACCUGAGGCUCCAGAUGGUGGGGUCUCCUGGGUGCCUGUCCUCUGCUUCUUCCUCCUCCCCCUGGGAGAGGCUGCCGAGGAGCCGGAAGCAGGAAUGUCUGCAGAGCAAGCCUCUGUGUCUUUGGAAAAGGACAGGCCAGGCCCUCGGAGAAGCCAGGCUUCCUCCAUGGCUGAUCCUGGCUCUGCAGACAGAAUAGCCCAGAAAAGAAAGUUCCCCAGCCCCCCACAUUCUUCCAAUGGCCACUCGCCGCAGGACACCUCUACAAGCCCCAUUAAAAAGAAAAAGAAGCCCGGCUUACUGAGCAGCAACAGCAAGGAGCAGUCAGAACUAAGACAUGGUCCGUUUUACUAUAUGAAGCAGCCACUCACCACAGACCCUGUUGAUGUUGUACCGCAGGAUGGACGGAAUGAUUUCUACUGCUGGGUUUGUCACCGGGAAGGCCAAGUCCUUUGCUGUGAGCUCUGUCCCCGGGUUUAUCACGCUAAGUGUCUGAGACUGACAUCGGAACCAGAGGGGGACUGGUUUUGUCCUGAAUGUGAGAAGAUUACAGUAGCAGAGUGCAUCGAGACCCAGAGCAAAGCCAUGACAAUGCUCACCAUUGAACAGCUCUCCUACCUGCUCAAGUUUGCCAUUCAGAAAAUGAAACAGCCAGGGACAGAUGCAUUCCAGAAGCCCGUUCCCUUGGAACAGCAUCCCGACUACGCAGAAUAUAUUUUCCACCCCAUGGACCUUUGUACACUGGAAAAGAACGCUAAAAAGAAAAUGUACGGCUGCACGGAGGCCUUCCUAGCUGACGCCAAGUGGAUCUUGCACAACUGCAUCAUUUAUAACGGGGGAAAUCACAAAUUGACGCAAAUAGCAAAAGUAGUCAUCAAAAUCUGUGAACACGAGAUGAAUGAAAUUGAAGUAUGUCCAGAAUGUUAUCUAGCUGCUUGCCAAAAACGAGAUAACUGGUUUUGCGAGCCUUGUAGCAAUCCACAUCCUUUGGUCUGGGCAAAACUGAAGGGGUUUCCAUUUUGGCCUGCAAAAGCCCUGAGGGAUAAGGACGGGCAGGUCGAUGCCCGUUUCUUUGGACAACACGACAGGGCCUGGGUUCCAAUAAAUAAUUGCUACCUCAUGUCUAAAGAAAUUCCCUUUUCCGUGAAAAAGACCAAAAGCAUCUUCAACAGCGCCAUGCAGGAGAUGGAGGUCUACGUGGAGAACAUCCGCAGGAAGUUCGGGGUCUUCAAUUACUCUCCCUUCAGGACGCCCUACACGCCCAACAGCCAGUACCAGAUGCUGCUGGAUCCCGCCAACCCCGGCGCGGGCACGGCCAAGACGGACAAGCAGGAGAAGGUCAAGCUCAACUUCGACAUGACGGCCUCGCCCAAGAUCCUCAUGAGCAAGCCCCUGCUGGGCGCGGGCGCCGGCCGCCGCAUCUCGCUGUCGGACAUGCCGCGCUCGCCCAUGAGCACCAACUCCUCGGUGCACACGGGCUCCGACGUGGAGCAGGACGCCGACAAGAAGGCCACCUCCAGCCACUUCAGCGCCAGCGAGGAGUCCAUGGACUUCCUGGACAAGAGCACCGCCUCACCACCCUCCAUGAAGACGGGGCAGGCAGGGAGUCUGUCCGGCAGCCCGAAGCCUUUCUCCCCGCAAGCGUCUGCGCCCAUCAUGACGAAAACGGACAAGACGUCCACCACCGGAAGCAUCCUGAACCUUAACCUGGAUCGCAGCAAAGCCGAGAUGGACCUGAAGGAGCUGAGUGAGUCCGUGCAGCAGCAGUCCACCCCGGCGCCCCUCAUCUCCCCCAAGCGGCAGAUCCGCAGCAGGUUCCAACUGAAUCUCGACAAGACCAUAGAGAGCUGCAAAGCACAGUUAGGCAUCAAUGAAAUCUCGGAGGACGUGUAUACGGCCGUGGAGCACAGCGACUCGGAGGAUUCUGAGAAGUCGGAGAGUAGCGACAGUGAGUACCUCAGUGACGACGAGCAGAAGUCCAAGAAUGAGCCAGAAGACGCGGAGGACAAGGACGGCAGUGCGCUGGACAAGGAGCCACCCGCUGCCAAAAAAAAGCCCAAGCCCGCCAACCCCGCGGAGGUCCCCGAGGAGCCGAAGAGCGCGUCUCCAGUGGGCGAGAAGGCAGAGCCCGUGGCCGCGAAGGCCAGCCCCGAGCCCGAGAGGGACUCUGCUGAGAGAGCGAAGCCGUCCCCGCAUCCCGCCAAGGACAAACUGAAGGGCAAAGAUGAGACGGAUUCCCCGACGGUGCACUUGGGCCUGGACUCGGAUUCAGAGAGUGAACUUGUCAUAGACUUGGGAGACGACCAUCCUGGGCGGGAGGGCCGGAAAAAUAAGAAGGAACCCAAAGAGCCACCUCCCAAGCAGGACGUCGUUGGUAAAGCGCCGCCGUCCACGACUUCGGGCAGCCAGUCUCCCCCCGAGACGCCGGUGCCCACCCGCUCCUCCUCCCAAACCCCCGUGGCCGGCGUCCCGGCCACCACCAGCACGACAUCCACCGUCACGGUCACCGCGCCGGCCCCCGCCGUCACAGGAAGCCCGGUGAAAAAGCAGAGGCCGCUCUUACCGAAGGAGACUGCCCCGGCCGUGCAGCGGGUCGUGUGGAACUCAUCAAGUAAGUUUCAAACGUCCUCCCAAAAGUGGCACAUGCAGAAGAUGCAGCGUCAGCAGCAGCAGCAGCAGCAGCAGCAGCAGCAGCCUCAGUCUUCCCAGGGGACGAGAUAUCAGACCAGACAGGCUGUGAAAGAGCCAGUGCGGAACAGGGUCCUCUGCCCGGGCCCCCCGCGGCAGCCCACCCGGCGCCCGCCACUCACCUUGCUCGUGUACUUGGCGAUGUCGGCGGCGACGUCGGCCGAGGCGGUGGCGAUGGGCAGGUCGGCGCUGACGGACGACGCGAGGGUGCUUGUGCAGCCCGAGCUGCUGAUCAGGGGGGAUGGCUGCGUGCUGGUCACCAGGGUGAUGGUGGACGUGGACGGGCUCUGCAUGAUGGAUGCCAUAAAAGGGACGAUGACAGAAAUAUACAACGAUCUUUCCAAGAACACUACUGGAAGCACGAUCGCUGAGAUCCGCAGGCUGAGGAUCGAGAUCGAGAAGCUGCAGUGGCUGCACCAGCAGGAGCUCUCCGAGAUGAAGCACAACCUGGAGCUGACCAUGGCUGAGAUGCGGCAGAGCCUGGAGCAGGAGCGCGACCGGCUCCUUGCCGAGGUGAAGAAGCAGCUGGAGCUGGAGAAGCAGCAGGCGGUGGACGAGACCAAGAAGAAGCAGUGGUGCGCCCACUGCAGGAAGGAGGCCAUCUUCUACUGCUGCUGGAACACCAGCUACUGCGACUACCCCUGCCAGCAGGCCCACUGGCCCGAGCACAUGAAGUCCUGCACCCAGUCAGCCACCGCCCCUCAGCAGGAAGCGGACGCCGAGGUGAACACAGAGACUGGGAACAAGCCCUCCCAGGGGGGCUCCUCCAGCGCCCAGCCAGCCGCCUCGGACACGACCAGCGCCUCCAAAGAGAAGGAGCCGUCAGCUGAGAAGAGCAAGGAUAGCGGCUCGACCCUCGACCUUUCUGGCUCCAGAGAGACGCCCUCCUCCAUUCUCUUAGGCUCCAACCAAGGCUCUGUUAGCAAAAGGUGUGACAAGCAGCCUGCCUCUACCCCAACCACCACAGACCACCAGCCGCACCCCAACUACCCUGCCCAGAAGUACCAUUCCCGGAGCAGCAAGUCCAGUUGCUGGGGCGGCGGCGAAGAGAAGCGAGGGUCGGCCCGCUCCGAGCUCGGCGCCGGCUCCAGCGCCAAGAGCCUCAUCCCGAAAGAGUCUCGGCUCGACGCCUUCUGGGACUAGGGGCAAGCUGUGACCAGACCGCCCGUCCCACGGGGGAGGACCGCGGACGCCAGGGAAAUGGGAAACGGCGGAGACGGAGAAGGACCCCUUCGGGCUCGGGAGGGCCGCGGGCGCCGCGGGCAGCCCCCACG